AUGGAUUGGAUUUGUUGGGGAAUUGCCUUCAUCUUUGAAGAACUGCACAAGUCCAUAGUUUUGGAUGUUGGAGAAAAUAAAUUAUCAGGUUUGAAACCUGGAUGGUUAGGGGUCGGAUUUUCAAUAUUGGCAAUCCUUGUCCUCCUUUCUAAUCACUUCUAUGGAAGCAUUCCAUUACAAUUGUGUAAUAUGGGAAGCAUUCAUAUUCUGGAUUUCUCGAUGAAUAACAUCUCUGGAAGUACACCCAAAUGCCUCAACAUGUUGACUUAUUUGGCUCAAAAAGGAAGUUUAAGUCGAACUAUCAAUCAUUUUUUCCUCCUUGACAACAAGGGGCGUAAUUCCUUAGCCAGUGCUUAUAAUGACGACACAUCCUUGAUAUGGAAAGGCACAAUGUCCAAAUACAAAAGUACUAUGGGGCUUGUAAAGAGCAUUCAUCUGUCAAGCAACCGAUUAACGGGAGAGAUUCCUAGUGAAAUCAUUAAUCUUGUGGGGUUGGUUUCUUUGAACCUGUCGAGAAACAAUUUAACAGGUCAAAUAACUCCAAAGUUCGGGAAGUUGCAGUCACUAGACUCACUUGAUCAAUCAAACAACCAAAUACAUGGUAUGACUCCAACAAGUCUCUUUCAAAUAUCAGGCCUUGGUAAGUUGGACUUGUCAAACAACAACCUGUCAGGAAAAAUUCCAAUGGGGACUCAGCUUCAAAACUAUGAGUUGUCUGAUUUUGCUGGGAAUCCUCUGCUUUGUGGAAUUCCACUUCAACAAUUGUGCUCUCCUGUGAAAACAAGUUCGGAGGAGCAACCAGUGUUCAAGGAUCAAGUUAAAGAGAAGGAUGGGCUUAUAACAUCAGGAUUCUACGUGAGUUUAGUGCUUGGAUUUGUUGUUGGAUUUUGGGGAGUUUGUGGGAAUUUGAUAUCAUCAGGUCAUGGAGAUAUACAUACUACAAGUUCGUGA